GGCGCUGCAGUCCCCCCAGUCCCAGCAACCCGCCGGUCGCCAUUGAGAUAUGCUAUACCGUAAUUCCAGACGGUUCCGGUAGGGCUCAGAACCAGGUUUUCGUGGCUAGCCUCGCCACACCGAAUCCCACAUACCUUGCAAUUUCACCUGGCUCCUGAUACAGUCUCUUGUUGCCCACUCCGCUCUCCCGACCUUGUCGAAUCAAGGGUUCUACACGGGAAGUCCGCGAGGUUGCGCAAUUGUGUUUCCGUGAACGAUACGCUCGACCAACACCUGACCUCACAAGAUCGGCUCGACCUAUGACCUUGCAGAAUGGAGUCCGAAAUCCAAGCUCAGAUUCCCAAUAUUGACCAAGUCCUCUCGGAAUACUCCGUGGGUUAUCUCAACCAUGCAUCAAAGCUUUAUUUUUCCGACGAGGAUCCAUCAGCUCAGUCUCCCCUGGCCGAAGCUUUGGAGACAAUUACUGCCCUGCUGGUCUCCGCUUCGGGCAACUUCUCUGAACAGAAUGAAACUGCCAUUCGGAACUUGAUUGAGAAGUUCAUCUCCAGAUUGGGAGAUGCGAAUGGUGUCGAUCCAGAGCGGCGGCAGAUGCCAUUUGCCGCCAAGAAGCUCGAGCAGACCAUUCAAGUUAGCUCACAGCGGAAUAUCUCGUCCACCCUGGGCCUGACCAGUGGCGCCAUUGACCUCGAGGCUGCGAAUGCUCGCAAGGUGGAAUCGAAGGUAGAUAAAAAGAAACUUGAAAAGGCUGAACGCAAGAUCCGAGCAAAGCAAGACAAGAAGACUAUGAAGAAUGUGGAAUAUGAAGCCUCACGACUGCUCGACCAACCUGACAGCACCCAGUCCUACGAAGAGUUCUUCAUGGCGGUCAAUCCUCUCCAGCUUGGCGCCGAUGCACAAUCGAAGAGCAAAGACAUCAAGGUCGAUGGAAUUGACGUUUCUAUCUCCGGCAAGCGAAUCCUCACCGAUACCUCUCUAACGCUUGCAUAUGGCCGGCGGUACGGUCUUGUCGGUCAAAAUGGUAUUGGUAAAUCUACAUUACUUCGUGCCCUGAGUCGACGUGAAGUUGCCAUUCCCACCCACAUCUCAAUUCUUCACGUCGAACAGGAGAUUAUGGGGGAUGACACACCAGCUCUCCAGGCUGUGCUUGAUGCCGAUGUAUGGCGGAAACACCUUCUAGCAGAACAGGAUAAGAUCACCAAACAACUGGCAGCCCUCGAAAGUGAGAGAUCGACAAUGGCUGACACAUCCAAAGAUGCAGCUCGGCUGGACAAGGAAAAAGAUGGCCUUGACACCACCUUGGGCGACAUCCAAGCGAAACUCAGUGAGAUGGAAUCGGAUAAAGCAGAGCCCAGAGCCGCCAGUAUUCUGGCUGGCUUGGGAUUUUCUCCAGAGCGUCAACAAUUUGCCACCAAGACUUUCUCCGGUGGCUGGCGGAUGAGAUUAGCACUAGCCCGAGCACUAUUCUGUGAACCUGACCUGCUGUUGCUGGAUGAGCCUUCCAACAUGUUGGACGUGCCAUCAAUCACCUUCUUGUCGAAUUACCUCCAAACCUACCCCAGUACUGUUUUGGUUGUUUCUCACGAUCGAGCAUUUUUGAAUGAGGUUGCUACCGAUAUCAUUCACCAACACUCUGAAAGACUAGACUAUUACAAAGGUGCCAAUUUCGACUCCUUCUACGCUACCAAGGAGGAACGGCGAAAGAAUGCCAAGCGCGAAUAUGAAAACCAGAUGGCACAGAGAGCUCAUUUGCAAGCAUUUAUCGACAAGUUCCGGUACAAUGCUGCGAAAAGCUCUGAAGCACAAUCACGAAUCAAAAAGCUGGAACGCAUGCCAGUGCUCGAGGCUCCAGAGGCCGAGUAUUCAGUCCACUUCAAAUUCCCAGACGUGGAAAAGCUGUCACCUCCCAUCAUCCAAAUGACCAACGUUGCUUUUGGUUACACCAAGGAAAGCCCUCUUUUACGCGGUGUUGAUCUGGAUGUUCAACUGGAUUCCCGGAUUGGCAUCGUCGGACCCAACGGUGCAGGUAAGACAACGGUGCUGAAACUCCUGACCGGACAACUGCAGCCUACCACUGGGCUCAUCUCGCAAAAUCCACGUCUUCGCAUUGGCUAUUUCGCUCAGCACCAUGUGGACGCACUGGACAUGAACACUUCUGCCGUGGGCUUCAUGCAAAAGACGUACCCGGGGAAAACCGAUGAAGAAUACCGCCGUCAUCUUGGUGCUUUUGGUAUCACUGGAAUGACAGGCCUGCAGAAGUUAGAGCUUCUGUCUGGUGGUCAAAAAUCAAGGGUGGCAUUUGCAUGCUUAUCGCUGACAAAUCCACACAUUCUGGUGCUUGACGAACCGUCCAAUCACUUGGAUAUUGAAGCUAUGGAUGCUCUCUCGACUGCUUUGCAGCAAUUCCAGGGGGGUGUUUUGAUGGUCAGCCACGACGUUACGAUGCUGCAGAACGUAUGCACCAGCCUAUGGGUAUGUGACAAAGGUAUAGUUGAGAAGUUCCCUGGUGAUGUCAAUGCAUACAAGAAGAAGAUAUCCGCGCAAGCAAACGAGGCUGGGGUUGUUCAAGCCCAUUGAUGCUCCGUUGCCAACUUGUAGAUAGGUGGAAUGAUAUGUUGUCCUACCGCACUCCUUUUAUUGCUUGCGACGCGGCUUGUCUGCUAUGUGGACUUUUUGAUUUCUUGUGGUGCAAUCCCACC